GUCGGCCGAGCUCCAGUUCGCCCAGCGGCUGGCCUCCAGCGAGAAGGGUGUCCGCGACCGCGCAGUGAGGAAGCUGCGGCAGUAUCUCAGCGCAAGGACGCAGAGCGACACAGAUAGAGACCUUGUGAGGCACGUCAGCCUAAAGUGCUGCUGCUUCUCCAGCCUCCUCAUCCAUGGUCAUCUUUGCUUCCCGACACCUGGAACAGGCCCAGGACCCCUCCAGGGCAUGCCACUUCCAACAGGCUGACGCUGUGUGAAGAACUGCCCAGGAAAUGAUGGCUGGCACAAUGAGAAGAUGGAGCAUGGCUGACCUUUGCCUGUAGCAGGACCCUUUUAAAAGUACCCCUCGGCAAAACUGUGAUGCUCACUGGCCCAUCGUGUCCUUGGGAGUGGAUUGGGAAUGGUUCUGCCACUUGAUAGGCCAUUUAGUGACUGGAGAACCUUGCAUCUUUUAUAGGACUUGGAGUUUUCCGUCAUUAAGAUCAGUGAAGCUUCCUUUCUUCCCUCAUUGGUUCAGGGGAUGAGUUCAAGGCCUAUAUGUGCUUGGCAACUGGUCUACCAGGUGUAUGGGUUGGUUUUAUUGUCACACUUGGUGAUAAGGACUUGCCCCCAUUGCCACCCUCCUUUGGCUGAUAGCGACACCUGUGCAGUAGUGGUUACCUGUGUACAUGGCAUGCUUGGAACAUUAGCCAUUAGCAUGAGGUGUGCUUCAGGUUUAGGGAAAGGUGUGCAGAGGAAGGGAAUGUAUGCGGUAAUUUUGCCGCUUGUAUCGUAGCAUCUGUAAACAUUAAGGAAGGAGUAUAGAUUCUAAGGUGGUUGUGCCAUUCUCUCCCACAGGAAGUUUCAGUCAGGAAGAACUCCUAAAAAUAUGGAAAGGACUCUUCUACUGCAUGUGGGUACAGGACGAGCCCCUUCUGCAGGAGGAGCUCGCGAACAUUAUUUCCCAACUCAUCCAUGUUGUUAACAGCUCCCAGGCUCAACACCUGUUCAUUCAGACCUUCUGGCAAACCAUGAAUCGAGAGUGGCAAGGGAUAGACAAGCUGCGGCUGGACAAGUACUACAUGCUGAUCCGCCUGGUCCUGAGGCAAUGCUUUGAAGUUCUCAAGCGGAAUGCCUGGGAAGAAAGCCAAAUCAAACUUUUUUUGGACAUCUUGAUGAAGGAGAUCCUGAAUCCCGAGAGUCAGUCUCCCGAUGGAGUGAGAUCCCACUUGAUUGACGUUUAUUUGGAUGAGCUCUCCACUGUGGGAGGGAGAGAGCUUUUAGCGGAUCAGAACCUCAAGUUAAUUGAUCCAUUCUGCAGAAUUGCUGCCAAGACCAAGGACCACACACUGGUACAGACUAUAGCUAGGGGUGUUUUUGAAGUCAUUGUAGAUCAGUCUGCUUUUGUACCUGAAGAGACUGUGGAAGAGCAGAAAACCAGAGUGGGAGAUGGUGGCCGCUCUGCCGAAGGGAUCCCUGCAAACAAGCUGGCCUGUAGGAAAGCAGGCAGUGGGAAGAAGGCCGCGCUGGGCGAUUGCCUCAGAGAUGGAGUCGUUGGCAGCAGAGAAAGAGACGGCUGUGCGGCCUUCAAAGACUCAGGGUCACCUCUCCAGUUCGACUAUAAGGCAGUUGCUGAUCGACUCUCGGAAAUAGCCAACUCAAAGAGCACCCCUCCCUUCAACCGGAAGCGCCUCUGCAGACUGAUCCGAAAGUUCCAGGACCUCUCUGAAGCAGGCAAUGGUGCUCAACUCAGUUUUGCUGAGGACAUUACUGCUGAUGAAAAUGGUCAAGCCCUCAGUCAAAGAAGGCACAAGAAAAAAAGAAAGAAGCUUCUAGAGAGAGCUGCCCUGGAUCGGGAGAAAGGAAGCACAAUCUCUCUUGAUGGUGGAGAGGACAGCGGAGGCAACAUUCACAAAAGGAAAAGGAAAAAGAAGAGGAGAAGCCACUUCCAGGCUGAGACUGAGGACCUGGAUGCUGUUGCCAUGCCCCCAGCACAGAGUACCAACAAUGAGCCUGACACUGCCCAGAGGCAGACCCCACAGGCCUGUGUGACUGGACCUGCAGCAGACACCACGUCUAGCAUCAGAGAGAACAGCUCUGAGCCAACACCCAUCGUACCCAUACACAAUAAAAGGAAACGGCCAAGAAAGAAGAGCCUGAGGGCCCACAGAGAGAUCUGGACACCUACCGAGUUACCUCAGGAGGAUGUGUCAGAGAAUGACCCUAUCGGUGGCCAACCUCAGAGCUCUGCCACCCAAGUUUCCUCCUCAGGUGUCCAAGCCCAGAAGAGGAAACGGAAACUCGGAGCUCUCCCUAUCAGCAGCGGCGGCUUGACAGUGCAGAAGGCAGGCGCCCCCAUAAGUCCCGGGGAAGAGAGAGAUGGCCAGACCACCCUGCCCCAGUGCAAAAGGCCACAGAAGAAGGCAGUGUCCAGCCGGCUUGACCUCUAUGAUCUGUCCAGUCAGAAAACAGCAAUCUUAAAGAAGAGGAAAAAAAUGAGGCAGACGUCAGACUUCAUGGAGCACAACGGAGUGCUAGAGUCCAGCGCCGGGCGGAUCCAAGCUCCGGGAAGCAACAGGCCUCUGAAGAAGCCACUGAAAACGGAGGAUGACUUUGUGAAGUUUGACACCCGCUUCUUACCAAAGCCCCUGUUCUUCAGGAAAGCAAAGAGCAAAUCUGCCGUCCUUCCCCAGGGUCCUGCUGUCCAGCUGAAUAAAACACCCUCCAGCUCCAAGAAAGUCACCUUUGGAUUGAACAGGAACAUGACUGCAGAAUUUAAGAAGACAGACAAGAGUAUCCUGGUCAGCCCCACAGGCUUCUCCAGAGUGGCCUUUAACCCUGAGCAGAGGCCACUCCAUGGAGUGCUGAAGUCCCCAACCAGCUCCCCGGCCAACAUGCCUCUAUCAACCAUGAAGCUGCCAGCCACCACUCCAAAGAGAAGGCCAAGGGCUGCGGACUUCUUCUGAGAGCCAGAGUCCCUUUUUAAAGACUGCUUUUAUACUGGAUAUUCUAUAAAUUAUAACUUUUAAAUGUG